AUGCCAAAGAAAAGCUUGCUUUGGAACAAUUCAGACAAAGAAGACGUUAAAUUGGUCAUAGACUUCGGUAGCUCGUGUUACGAGCAACAACGCGUGUAUACGUACAUACAGUCCAGGUUCUACCGUGCGCCUGAGGUUAUGAUGGGUGCGAGAUACGGCAUGCCUAUUGACAUGUGGUCCUUGGGCUGCAUACUGGCGGAGCUACUAACAGGGUUUCCGUUACUUCCCGGGGAAGAUGAGGCGGACCAGAUGGCUUGUAUCAUCGAGCUGUUGGGUAUGCCGCCGCAGAAGCUUGUCGAGCAGGGCAAGCGGUCCAAGAAUUUCAUCAGCAGUAAGGGUAACCCUCGAUACUGCACAGCCACAACUUUAGCCGAUGGUACUACGGUUCUAACAGGAGGGAUGUCCAGAAGAGGCAAGCCUCGAGGUCCACCAGGGUCCAAGAGUUUCGUCACAGCACUGAAAGGGUGCCAGGACAAAUUUUUCAUCGACUUUAUAAGACGGUGCUUGGAGUGGGACCCGGAGAAGCGCCUGACGCCUGCGGCGGCGCUGCGACACGCGUGGCUGCGCCGGCGCCUGCCGCGGCCGCCGCACGACGACGAGCCCGCGCCCGCGCCCAUGCCGCUGCCGCACUCGCUGCCAGCCAACCACACGUCGGGCGGUUGCGUGGGGAGCGGGGCGGGGGCGGGGGCGGGUGGCAGCGGCGGGGCGCGCGGGGGCUCGUUGCGCACGCCACUCGCGCGCACUCCCGUCACCUUCAAUGCCUCGCAAGUCGCCAAAGCAAAAUUGCAAGCGGCCCUUUCGGAGGAGAGUGGCGGGUCGUCAGCGGGGGUCGGGGGCGCGGCGGCGGGUGUGGGGGGCGCGGGGAGCCUGGGCGGCGCGCGCUACUGGGCGCAAGCCAAGCUGCCGCACCUGCCCGCGCCCUCCUAG